CGCCGCCCUUUAUAUUCCCUCGGUCUGACCGCCGCCUGUUACCACUACUUCACCGUGCGCGCGCCGCGAUCGAGGAUUUGCUCAGGAGAGGAAUCUUUACGACAAUGGCCACCGAGGUGCUCGUCGGAGCCGAGCGCCGCGUCCUCAUCAGCGGCUACGGCGCCCUCCCCGCGCCGCCGCCUCCCGAUAGCCUGCUCGGCCGCCUCGACCAGAUCGACCUACGGCUGAGGCAGCUGGAGGAUCAGCGGUGGCCGUCGUCCGCCGCCGAGGACGUCGACGGUGGGGUCUGCUUCACCGCCACCGCCGACUCCGACUCCCGCAGCGGCGCGACGGCGCGGCACCAGCACAGCAAGUCCAUGCCCUCGGCGCUCCAGCCGCAGGAGAAGCAGGCGCACGUCCUGAGGGGCACGCUCAUGGACCGCCUCAACCUGCUCGAGUCGCGCAUCAGGCAGCUCAGCUGCGAGCUGGACCUGGACGGUGGGAGCGGCAAGCCCGCGUCCCUCGCGCCGCCCGUGGAGGACCGCGCGUGGUCCGAGCCGCCUCUGCCGGAGCCGCGCGGCGACGUCACGGCGUCCAUUCGCGCGCACGCCGCGGCGGGAGGCGCCGGGGCUAACUGGAGCGCCGUGCAGAUCCUGCAGAGGGGCGCUCGCCAGCUCCACCGCAACAAACCCAACCACCCUGCCAAGGUGAAGAAGCUCAAGGAGACCAAGUGCGCGUGCGAGGAGGAGAAGAGGAAGGCGGAGCGAAGCAACAAGGCAUCCGCUGGCCGAAGGUGGUUCCCCAUCGGGUGCUAAUUCGAACAAACUGUUAUUCAGGAGCUAGGCUAGCUCUGCAUGGUGGACGGAUGAACUGGUCUUUGUUGGAUCGGCUCUUAAUUAUUGAUUAGAAUCUAUAUGUGUUUCCGUAUGUGUUGCUAUAAUAUGUGUUCUCUUCUGUAUUUGUUUGUUCUUUUUUGUUCUGAAUAUAUAUGUACUAGUCCCGUAUGCCUAUUGAUUUGUAAGUGUGUGUUAGCACUUAGCACUAGUUUAUUCAAAGGUGUAUUAUCACUGUGUAGCUCCUUUUGUGUUUGCCAUAUGAUAAACUUAGAUAAAGUGUUCUGUUACCCUGAUAAAUAAUCAGGCAUAUUUAUCUUUUUUUUU